AUGGCUUCAUAUCUAACUGGGAGUGAGGCAUUCGCCCGCGAAAAGCUGUCGUCCAAUCCCGCACAGACGGCCCCCUCAGAAUCAUGGGCGAACAAAUACCGCGGUGCUACCGUCGAAGACCUCGAACCUCCGGCAGCUCUCUCCGUGUCCCCUAAUGACUCGAUUUCAUCCGCCAUGCUCACCGCGUACGAGCGCGAUUUCACGCACCUGACGGUGGUCUCAUCCACGAAACGAUCUCUCCUCGGAUACCUCAGCAUCCCGCACCUGAAGAAGCUGCUGCAGGAGGGCGCGGUAAAAGAGUCCGACUCCGUCUCUGCCGCCAUGCAGCGGUUCAACCGGAAACGAGGCACGUACGAGGUCAUCACGAUGGAGACCCCGCUGGAAGAUCUGGAGAAGUUCUUCGAGAGCGAGACCACUCCCACUGGGGAGAAGAGGCAGAAGCAGGACUUUGCCGUGGUGACGGAUGCGUCGCGGAAGUUUGUUCUGGGAGUUGUGACGAGGGCGGACUUGGCUAAUUUCGUGGCGAGACGGCCGGCAUAA